GUCUUCCUUGUCCACUGCAGCGCACGUGAAGCCUCGGCUAUACACGCACAGCAUUAUUGUUAUGCCAUCCAUGUGAAGCAUCUCAGCCUGCUCCACCACCACCACCCACGUGAGCUGCACAGCCUUCGCAGCGAUUGGCUCGUGUUAGUCAUAGCCACCGCAUCGGAUAUUCUAACUUAUCGCACGCUUCCGUUCGAUCAACAAUCAGCAACCGGCAGCCUUAUGCUUAUCGACGCAUGAACUCGCUACGAUGAGCAUGAAGCAUCAUCAGCACACUAUCCAAAUCUGCAUCAUCCUGCUACCCAACAACAACACCUAAGAGAGACACCACCUCUUUCCGCAAUUGUUAUCUGCUCCGACGCACACUGCCCCACGUUCAGCGAAGGAACACGAACGAGAGGAGUUGAAAUAGUCCCUGCGUAUCUACACGGGCCGGCCUUCAUAGGCCCACCAUCAUAUAGUGUGCGGCUUACACCGAAAGCGCUUUGCUGCGGUUCAGCAGCUCUUCGAACCACCCGAGCGACCAUGGCGACCAACGGAUACUCACUGUCGAACGGCGACGUGCAGUAUGGUGCCACCAGCUCACAGUCUCCGCCAAAACAACAGAAUGCGAACGCGGCGGUCCAUCAACGCACGUAUCAGGCAUGUAUACCAUGUAGGCAGCGCAAAGUACGCUGCGACCUAGGAUCUGUAGAUAAUCCUCACGAUCCCCCAUGCACGAGAUGUCGUCGCGAGGCCAAGGAAUGCUACUUUUCUGCCACCCGUCGCAAGAAGAAGACUCAGGUCGGCGAUAAUACCGGCUCCGAGGCUGGCGAUGAGCCAGUAUACGAGAUCCGACACAACCGCAAGCGAUUGAGAACGUCUAUACCUCCAGCAGAGAUCGAUGGCGCUCAGGAAGAUGAUGAAUACCCAGAACAGCCUCGCACGCCUGGCGGCUCGAUAGGACGUACUCAACCGCUCCGCAGACCCACCGCGCCCCAACCGAUGGCCUAUCGCGAAGAGGACGAGAAGCAAGCAGAGCAUACAGCCUUCAUACUACAGCAGUCAGAAGUGCAUGGGGGCCAUGACGCUCUCAAAGUGCUGUACCAGGCAGGAAUCGCCAGCCUCAAUAGGAGCGACAGUACUAGCAGCGGUAUACGUCCUAGCUUUGCUGGUCUCGCAGCAGGUUCCCAGGCAUCUACGUCUAGUCCAAUCCUGAAUCGAGUACCGACUGGCACCAGCUAUACCAACGGUCCUCUCGCGCCUUUCCAAAAUGACAGUCUCUGGAACACGACAACAGACGGUGCCGCCCCAGCAAAUAGCAUGCUUGAGAACAUGCCGGUUGACAGCACAAGUUACGCAGAAGCGGUCAAGGCGUGGACGCGAUUCAAAUUCGUACGCGCUGGAUGGAUGACAGCCAAGGAAGGCAUUGACUAUGUACUCUACUUCUAUCGGCACCUAUCACCCCUGACGCCAGUCGCAAUACCAGACUUUAAACAUCCAAGCACUCAUAAGAAGCUGCUGGAGGAGGAACCGAUGCUUGCCGUGACAAUGCUCUUAAUCGCCUCUCGACAUAUGAAGCUCGAUGGACCAGGGUCUCAUAGUAGGCCCUACGCCAUUCAUCAAAAGCUAUGGACUUAUCUUUCGGGCAUGAUCAAUCGUGUCGUCUGGGGCCAGGAGCAAUUUGGAGGCGGCUUCUGUGGAGCUGGCGGCCCUGGAGCACAACCGAGUUGCGAUGUCAAUCCACUUUUGCGGAAAGGCUUAAGGACGCUGGGUAGCGUUGAAUCUCUCGUGUUACUGACAGAAUGGCAUCCUCGAGCCAUGCACUUUCCGCCUGAUGAGGACGACGACGAUCUCAUGGUACCAGAUCAAGCCUUUGGCACGCCAGCUAUCGGCUCAGAAGAUGGCGUGCCAAAAGGCAUUGGAGGUCAUCGCAUGGAUGCGUGGCUGGAGCCGUGUUGGCGGAGCGAUCGCAUGUGUUGGAUGUUGCUCGGAAUGGCUAUGUCGCUCGCUAUGGAGAUAGGUGUCUUCGACUCAAGCGAAUGGCAGCGACAUGCUCGCGCCACAGAUGGUCACUCAUUGUCUUCAGAAGAUCUUACGAAUUACGACAGACGACGAGGGAACGUUCGGGAUCUGCUGCUCGUGUACGUCACGCAAACCAGCGGCCGCCUGGGACUUACGUCGAUGCUUCCUGGCUACUACAGCAAGCCUGAAGACAGUGACCAAUUCCGACGCCGUAUCGAUGGCCAGCAGGACAGCAUCAAGGAGAUCACAUUCCACUUCUGGCUUCGGAUGGCUGCGCUGAUGCGCGAAGGUAACAACAAGAUCUUUGCGAACAAGACAUUUACCCGCGAUCUCAUUCGAAACGGCGACUACAAGCGAGCCCUUGACCAAUUCGCCGGUCCGCUUAAUGACUGGAAGAAGGAUUUUGAUGACUGCGUGUCAAUUCCGAAGCACAUGCGAGCUAUUUUGGGCAUUGAGUACGAGUACUGCCGCUGCUACAUCAAUGCUCUGGCUCUCCAAGCUGUUGCCGAGCGUUGCGCAAACGACCACCCUUCUCCGGUUCAACCUAUUGACCCGCCGCUCGAAAUGGCGCGGGCAGCGGUCGCGGACGCCAAUUCAGGACCUAAAGCCGACUUUGCGAUCGCCCCUUCAACUCUUUCCAAAUGGCUCGGCGGCGAUCGCAACUAUAUGGUCACUGUAGGCGACGCUGCCCGAAAUCUGCUAAAAAUUGUGGUCGAUGAUCUCGAGCCGGAUGGCUUCCUGCGGCAUGCUCCAGUCCGGACCUAUUUCCGCAUCAUCAGUGUAGCUAUUAUGCUGCUGAAGUCAUUCGCACUUGGUGCUACCGAAGCCGAUGUCACGGACUCCCUCAAGCUUAUGGAGCGCACAGUGAGCGCAUUGCGAGGCUGUAUCGUUGAUGAUGUUCACGUGGCUAGUCGUUUCGCUGACCUCCUUGACACGCUUUCACAAAACCUCAGACCCCGUCUAGUACGCAUUGCUGCUGACGGUCGUGCUGGCAAGAGUCGGCGCGAGAGUCAAUACAACGUUGGUCUUGGACCGAAUAGCGGCAUGCCGUACUCGAAUGGCAGGUCGACUGUAACACAAUCACCACAGACAGUACCGGGCGGCAUGCAGAAUGGACAAGGCUGGAACAACAAUUUCAAUAUGGUCUCGCCAUCCGCUACGAUGACAUCAGGCACUGCGACGUACGGCAUUUCCAAUGAAACCUAUGAUUUGCUGAGAGGUGACAACCAGUACUCUGUCAUGCCGCCUCCAGGCUUUUCGGGUACUUCGCCCACGAAAACUCAAAACAUGAACGGCCCUGGAUCUGCCACCGGGAGUAAUGGAGGUUAUGAUACAUUUCCAAACGGCAACUUCGAUAACCCGCAGGACUGGCUUGCCCUGCCACUUGACCCUAUCCUCAACAUGUCUGGCGCCGACGUGGAUCAGACUAUGUACGGUCCACAGCUCGGCGGUCAUGAUAUGCUCGAGUACCUCCUCAAUCCCCAGAACACCAACGGAUAUUGACGGAUUAUCCGGCGAUUCAAGAUCUUUCGGCUUAACUACAUUUUCUUUCUCAUCUAUCACGACAUCAAUACGUAGCUCAUGCAAGAAAUGAUGACCAGUGUACGACAGAAUGGUCAAGCAUGUAUCAUGUUUUAUGAAACUCCGGCGAGGGUCAGAAGCGACACAAAUCGGAGAGGAUGCGAUAUGAACAGGGUGUGGUCUUUUCUUUUCGAGAUACCCAUAUCAGUUUUCUAGCUCGAGCAUACACAUGGAACCAAGCAUAGCGAUAGGCAGACAAAAUUAUCAAUCAUCAGAAUCACACCCCCUCUACUCAUUCAAUCUUAUACGUCGCAGCCAACCUCUCCAUCAAAUGAUCUCUCGCCGUAACUCCCUCCCUCCCACUCCUCGUGCCAUUCUUCUCCGCAAACUCCCUCACAAUCCGACUCGGCACAGGCUCCAACAAAGCCUCAUCAAGCGGAUGACAAAAAUACGCAAUACUAUACCUAUCCCCCGCAUCCGCCUCCCCUUCCGGAAACACCACACGAUGGACCGUAGAUUUCAACAACCCUCCCGUCCAAUCCUCGAGCAAAUCCCCAAUAUUCACCAAAAUCGGUAACGCUCCCCCUCGCUGCAACGGGUCUACAGGAACACGAACCCAUUCUUUCCCCCUCUGUAUCUCUAACCCAGGCUGUCCCGGUAACUGAAAUAAACACGUGAUACUCCCAUAAUCCGAAUGCGCUCCGGCUCGAAGAUCAAUCUCAGAAGUUGUCGUCUUUCGAGCGGGAUAAUACAGAUAUCGAAAAAUCGAACC